CUAAAACCCUCCAAACUUCUCAACCCAACAAUCUCACAGCUUGCCUCAGCACGUCAUAGCGACACAACACUUUGGCCUUCCUCUCUUUAUCUCUCACCGAAAUCAUUCAUAGCCGUUAACAAAAAACCGCCGCCGCAACUUCUCUCUCGUCGGAAUCAUCCAUAGUUGCUACAACAUCAUCGAUUCAGUGUUUCUCUAGAGACUCGCUGCUGCAGAUCUUGCCGGAACCAUCCAUAGCAGCUGCUUCAACUUCAGAUUGAGUAUUGACUACCCUCUUCUUCUAUCUCUGUUCCUUCGUUGCAACGGCAGUCGGCGAGUCUCUUCUCGGUGGACUCGACAGAGUACAGUGUAUCCUAUUUGAAAGAGCACACAGUGAUCGGAAGAAUAAAAUAAGCCAUGAAUUUCCGAUUUCAGAAUCUUCUUGGUGCUCCUUAUAGAGGUGGAAAUGCUGUCAUUUCCGGUAACAGUCUCCUCAUCUCUCCCGUAGGAAACCGUGUCUCUGUCACCGACCUUAUAAAAUUGGAAACGGUAACUCUGCCAUGUGAGAGCUCCUCCAACAUCUCCCGAAUCGCUGUCUCUCCUGAUGGAAGCUUUCUCCUAACACUAGACGAAAACAAUAGAUGUCAGUUCGUCAAUCUUCGUCGUCGAAUAGUUCUUCAUCGCAUGUUGUUUAAGAAGCCUGUCUCAGCAAUCAAAUUCAGCCCUGAUGGAGCCUUAAUUGCUAUCGGUGUUGGUAAAUUGCUCCAGAUAUGGAGGUCUCCUGGUUUUCGGAAGGAAUUCUUUCCGUUUCAGUUGAUUCGAACUUUUGCUGAUUGUGAUGCUUCUGUCACUGCCUUGGAUUGGAGCCCGGAUUCUAACUAUGUUCUUGCCGGUUCAAAGGAUACUGCAAUCAAAAUGUCUUCUUAUGCAUUGGUUUCUUGUACAUUGCACCAGGUCCUGCUGCGUAGAUUUCGGAUCACCCACAAUCUCUCUUUGGAUGGCGUUUUAGACUAUUUAAACUCCAAGAAGAUGACUGAAGCUGGUCCAAUAGAUUUGAUUGAUGAUGACAAUAGUGACGUAGAGGAAGGCAUUGAUAAGCAAACCCGAGGGAAGAUGGGUUAUGACUUGCCUGGGUCCAUGCCAAACCGUGGAAGGCCUGUAAUUCGGACAAAAUGCUUGAGGAUAGCACCAACUGGCAGGUGUUGGGCAGCUGCAACAACAGAGGGAGUCUUGGUGUAUUCAAUAGAUGAAUCCUUUAUAUUUGAUCCGACUGAUCUUGACAUGGAUGUUACACCGGAGGCAGUUGAUGAUGCUCUAGCUGAGGAUCAACCUCAGAGGGCACUAUUGCUCAGCCUCCGUCUGAAUGAAGACACACUAAUAAAAAAAUGCAUUGUUUCUGUAAAGCCAGUGGAUAUAAAAGCUGUUGCUUUAUCAAUCCCUUUCAAAUAUUUGCAGAGGCUAAUUGAGGCGUUUGCAGAUCUUCUAGAAAGCUGUCCACAUUUGGAGUUCAUUCUUAGAUGGUGUGAGGAGCUGUGCAAAGUUCAUGGUCACUCUAUUCAACAGAAUUCCAGAAGCCUAAUUCCGGCUUUAAGAUCCUUACAGAAGUCCAUUACAAGAUUGCAUCAGGAUCUGGCAGACACUUGCUCCUCUAACGAGUAUUUGCUUCGAUAUUUAUGCUCAACGGGAAGCAAAAAUUGACAAAUUCUUAUGGAAGAGCACGCUAACAAAACUCCAUAGAGCAUUAACAGGAUGAAUUGGCACCGGGUGCCAUUCAAAUGCAUUCGAAUUUUGUAGAAAUUUAGGGGCAUAACUUAAUUUAUACCAGUGGAGGGUGUUUUUUGGCCUGUAAUUUUCUCCUUUGUUUUAUUUGUUUGUUAACUCCUGAUUUUCUAUGCUUCUUUGUUCUCCUAAUUAUAAAGGGAUUACACUACUAGCUUCUAAGGUGAAAAAGAAUGAAUUUUCCAUUUA